ACGUGAGGGCCGCACGUCUGCGGGGAGUCACGUGACCGGGGCGCGCCGCAGCCGCCGGGGCGCACCCGGCGAGAGGCAGCGGCAGUGAUGGACGGGUCCGGGGAUCAGCUCGGAGGCGGCGGGCCCACCAGCUCUGAACAGAUCAUGAAGACAGGGGCCUUUUUGCUACAGGGUUUCAUCCAGGAUCGAGCAGAGAGGAUGGCUGGGGAGACACCUGAGCUGACCUUGGAGCAACCGCCCCAGGAUCCAUCCACCAAGAAGCUGAGCGAGUGUCUCAGGCGAAUUGGAGAUGAACUGGACAACAACAUGGAGCUGCAGAGGAUGAUUGCUGAUGUGGAUACAGACUCCCCCCGAGAGGUCUUCUUCCGUGUGGCAGCUGACAUGUUUGCAGACGGCAACUUCAACUGGGGCCGGGUGGUUGCCCUUUUCUACUUCGCUAGCAAACUGGUGCUCAAGGCCCUGUGCACUAAAGUGCCCGAGCUGAUCAGAACCAUCAUGGGCUGGACACUGGACUUCCUCCGGGAGCGGCUGCUUGUCUGGAUCCAAGACCAGGGUGGCUGGGUGAGACCUCUCAGGCCUAGCUUAACACCCAUGUCUCUGUUCUCAGGAUGGCCUCCUCUCCUACUUCGGGACCCCCACAUGGCAGACAGUGACCAUCUUCGUGGCUGGAGUCCUCACUGCCUCACUCACCAUCUGGAAGAAGAUGGGCUGAGGCCUCCUGCUGCCUUGGACUGUGUCUUUUCUUCAUAAAUUAUGACAUUUUUCCUGGGAUGAAUGGGGAACGGGGAAAGGCAUUUUUCUUACUUUUGUAAUUAUUGGGAGGGGUGGGAAUGGUGGCCUGGGGGAGGCACCAAUAAACCUCAGGUCCACUUUGGA